AUGCAGGGAAACACAAAAAAGAACCAAACUGUCAUCUCCCAGUUCCUCCUCCUGGGCCUGCCCAUCCCAUCAGAGCACCAGAACCUGUUCUAUUCUCUAUUCCUGGCCAUGUAUAUCAUCACCAUCCUGGGGAACCUGCUCAUCAUCGUCCUCAUUCAACUGGACUCCCAUCUCCAUACACCUAUGUAUUCUUUACUCAGCAACUUGUCCUUCUCUGACUUCUGCUUUUCCUCUGUCACAAUGCCCAAAUUGCUGCAAAACAUGCAGAGUCAAGUUCCAUCCAUUCCCUAUGCAGGCUGCCUGGCACAAAUGUAUUUUUUCCUGUUUUUUGCAGAUCUUGAGAGCUUCCUCCUUGUGGCCAUGGCCUAUGACCGCUAUGUGGCCAUCUGCUUCCCCCUCCAUUACACCAGCAUUAUGAGUCCUAUGCUCUGUGUGAGUCUGGUGGUGCUGUCCUGGGUGCUGACUACAUUCCAUGCCCUGCUGCACACCCUACUCAUGGCCAGGUUGUCAUUCUGUGAGGACAAUGUGAUUCCUCACUUUUUCUGUGACAUGUCUGCUCUGCUGAAGCUGUCUUGCUCUGACACCCAUGUUAAUGAGUUGGUGAUAUUUAUCACUGGAGGCCUUAUUCUUGUUAUUCCAUUUGUGCUGAUCGUUGUAUCCUAUGCACGAAUUGUCUCCUCUAUUCUCAAAGUUCCUUCUGCUCGAGGUAUCCGUAAGGCCUUCUCCACCUGUGGCUCCCACCUGUCUGUGGUGUCACUGUUCUAUGGGACAGUCAUUGGUUUGUACUUAUGCCCAUCAGCUAAUAAUUCUACCGUGAAGGAGACUGUCAUGGGCAUGAUGUACACAGUUGUGACUCCCAUGCUAAACCCUUUCAUCUAUAGCUUGAGGAACAGAGACAUGAAGGGGGCCCUGGUUAGAGUCCUUUGCAAGAAGAAAAUACUUUUCUGUCUAUGA